AUGUCAGCUACACCUUCCUUCAAACUCAACACUGGUGCAGAGAUUCCUGCUGUGGGCCUUGGAACCUGGCGGUCCGAGCCUGGCGAAGUGCGCAAAGCAGUCGCGCACGCUCUCAAGGAUGGCUACCGACACAUUGACGCGGCUUUAAUCUACGGAAACGAGCACGAAGUUGGCCAGGGCAUCAAGGACAGCGGGAUCCCGCGCAAAGACAUAUUCAUCACCAGCAAACUGUGGAACACGCACCAAACCAAUGCCGAAGAGGGCCUGCAAAAGACCCUGGAUGCUCUGGGCACAGAUUACCUCGACCUUUAUCUCAUUCACUGGCCCGUUCGCCUCGUGCCCAAUGAGACAAGUGACCUGCUUCCCACAAACCCCGACGGAACACGCUCAGUAGACAGAUCCUGGGACCAGGGCGAGACAUGGCGCCAGAUGGAGGAUCUGUACAAGUCGGGCAAAGUAAAGGCCAUUGGCGUCGCCAAUUGGUCAAUUGACUACCUCGAGAAGUUGCGCAAGACCUGGAAGAUCGUGCCCGCCGUGAAUCAGGUUGAGCUUCACCCCUACUUGCCUCAGCACGAGCUCGUAGAGUACUGCAAGAAACUCGGCAUCUUGAUUGAAGCAUACUCGCCUCUUGGCUCCGCUGGUGCUCCGCUCAUGUCGGACUCGGAAAUCCAACAAAUUGCAGAAAAACACGGCGUCUCUGCCGCAACCAUUCUCAUCAGCUACCACACCAACAAGGGCGUGGUUGCGCUGCCCAAAUCCGUCAGCGAGAAGCGCAUCUCGGACAACAGACAGCUCGUCGAGCUCAGCAAACAAGAGUUGGCCUUGCUGGACGGUCUGGCUGCAAAGGGCAAGGCAAAGCGCAUCAACACACCCUUGUGGGGAUUUGAUCUCGGCUUCGCCGACUGGUAUGGUCCCGUGGAGGCCAAAUAG